AUGGUAGACGACUAUCGGAGUCGUAGCCGCGAGUCAAGGCGCUAUGCGCGCCGGUAUUCUACUCACGGCAGUGGGCGGGAUUCCUACGAUGAAGAUCGGCGGUAUCGCAGGUCAUACGCAUACGAUCGACAUGGUCACUAUGACAGUAUUGACGCCGUACGCGACCGUCAUAGCUACCGUGAUGAACGAAGCCACGAGAGAAGGCACUCACGAUCUCGUGAAGAAUCAACUGAUCGGAUGAGAUACGAUAGAUCAGACAGAUAUGAUGACGGUUCGUACAGGGAUAGAAGACGGGAUCGUCGAUCGGACAGAAGGGAUGACGAUCGUAGAGGUGAUGACCGCUCGGUGACACGAGACCACAGGAAAGGCCGAGCUACGGAUCGACCAAUUAAAGAGGUUAGAUACCAUGACAAGAAGCAUAGAGACAGACGGAGGAGCGCCAGUGCUGAUAGUGCAUGUAGUUUUGGUUCCCGUGUAUCGUUUGGUCGCGAUAGAGAAGAAGAGGUGACGGUGAAUACCGAACGUGAGCCUUUGGACGAAGAGUCAUUGCUCCUAAAGUCUAUGGGUUUCACGGAGUUUUCCACGACGAAAAAUAAACAACAUCUAGAUACGGACGUAUCUGGCGUGGCACAACGCUCAAAACGACAAUAUAGACAGUACAUGAACCGUCGUGGUGGUUUCAAUAGGCCUCUGUCUCCCACCUAUUAA